UGUACAUCUCCAACGGUGAGGGGCCGGGGCCGGGGCAGGGGCAGCCAUGGUGUACAUCUCCAACGGACAAGUUUUGGAUAACCAGAGUCGGGCUCCCUGGAGUUUGUCAUCUAUAACAGAUUUCUUCUGGUCGAUAGCAGAUUUUGUGGUUCUGUUUUUCCAGAGCAUUAUUCAACCAGAUUUGAGAAGAAGAGGCUACACAUCUUCCUCCUAUUCAGGAUACCAUGAUGGAAGAGGGCCUCCAGCACCUCCUCGCCGUAGGAUGGGCCGAAUAAAUCACUGGGGUGGAGGCCCCAGUCCACCACCAAUGGCUGGAGGUGGAUGAGGAAGGUAA